ACGCACCACAUCGAUAAAUUCCCUGCAACUUUCUUUCGGGCACAACCUAAUGGCGCUGCCGUUCGAACGGCCAUGUCCGUUGAUCACGAGCAACUAGCAAAUAUUCCGGCCACAGGCAAGGUGCAGGUGCCUCUCCGAGACCUCCCUGCCAGCGUCGAAGUCCCCGGGGGCCUUCCACCCUACUUAAUUAUUCGAUUCGAUCGAUUCAUAACUCAGGUGAAUCAAAAGCGCCUCCGAAAGCGCUGGGACGAUGUUCUGGCCAGUGGUGCAAAGCACCAACCCCGCAAAUGUGAUGCGAACCGUUCCGACAACAAUAAUGCCUUCCACUUCGGCAUCUGGGAGAUUACUAGCUCUACGCCACAUUUGACUGCUGAAACAACAAACCAGACCCCACAAGCUAUCACUGCUAUCGACGCCUUACUGAGGUUCAUAGGCGACUUCAUAGCUGGAAAGAUUUGCAGUGUUUUUGAGACCCACGCACCAGAACAAUGGGAUAUUAUGCAACGGGCAUACGAGCGGGUUCAAAGGGUCCUCGCCGCUGAAUUACUGGCCCGCCCCAGUUUGGACUUUGGGGGGGCAUUUUUUGCGGUGGCUGUCAAAGAAGGGGGAUCUGGGCUGGUUCAUAUCGACUGGCAUGACAACCAUGCAAUUUGGGCAUUUGUGUUUGCCGUAGGUGAUUGGGAGGGUGGAGAGUUUUGCGCUCCUGAAUUAGGGAUUAAAAUUCCUAUUCGACCAGGUCAAGUUUUUGCCGUUCUCGCCCGGGUAGUGGCUCAUUUUAGCGCUCCUGUAACCAAUGGUCGUAGAAUUGUUUUCACUUGUUUUACUGACAGGCUCACUGUAUUACACUCAGAUCCUGCCUUUGUCACGGUGGUGGGGUAG